UGAGUGGGAAGCGGCACCGUGGGCUGGUUCUCAGUGGGUUUUCUGAUCCAUCAUGAACUUCGGAGAUGCCAGACUGAAGCUGCGGGAGCUGCUGGGAUCAGUGGAUCCCGCUGAGCUCCCGAAGUUACUGGACUGGAUGAGAAACUCAGAUGAACUGGAUGAGCUGCUGGUCGACAACAACAGAGUGAUCCUGCAGAGCAUCGCAGCAGACCUGAGAGCCCGGCUGCCUGUCCAUGCCAUGCUGCCCUCUGAGACUGCUGCUCAGCACAAGAUGCAGAUGCGGGAAAGACCCACGGUCCACGUUGACGGCUUCCUGUACAGCGAGGAGCAGGUGGAUGCUCUGUGUGAGGAGGGGGCCAUGAGCAGGGAAUACUGUCUGAGCUGCGGGUCCCUGAGGACGGCGCCCCUCGGAGUCCUCAAACAUCUGGAAGAACGGGGACGGGGUUUUACUGUGGAAACCAGGCACGGUAACCAAGAUUUCAUCUCACACUCCUUCUCAGUAUCAGAACUCCAGUUCCUGUUCCAGAACGUCCUUCCGGACCUCAGUGGUCGGACGGUGGUUGAUGUUGGUUCCAGACUGGGAGCAGUUCUUUAUGGGGUCAGUUUCAACAUUUGCAAACAUCAGAGAUCCAGACAGAGUUCUGAUAAAAGCCGUGUAGUUCAGAGCUCAGCUCAGGAUGAUCCAGAGCCGCUCCUGCAGGGUCUCUGA